ACUCAGAGUCUCCGCAGAUCCGAGAUGGGGGCGAUGGCUCCGCACUGGCUGCUCCUGCUGCUGGCGGCCGCCCUGGCCCCGACCCUGACCCGCGCGGGUGAGUGGUCGGGGUCUCACCGCGCGCCGCCCCCAGGAUCGCACUCGCUGUGGAAUUUCUACACUAUCGUGUCCCGGCCCGGCCUCGGGGAGCCCCGGUUCAUCGCCGUCGGCUACGUGGACGACACGCAGAUUGAACGCUUCGACAGCGACGCGGAGACUCCGAAGGCCGAGCCGCGGGCGCCGUGGAUGGAGCAGGAGGGGCCGGAGUAUUGGGAGAGGAGCACACAGAUCGUCAAGAACAACGAGCAGGCUUUCCGAGGGAACCUGAAGACCCUGCUCGGCUACUACAACCAGAGCGAGGGCGGCUCUCACACCAUCCAAUGGAUGUACGGCUGUGAGGUGGGGUCGGACGGGCGCCUCCUCCGCGGGUACAGUCAGUUCGCCUACGACGGCCACGAUUACAUCACCCUGAACGAGGACCUGACGACGUGGGCGGCAGCGGACACGGCGGCGCUGAUCACCAAGCGCAAGUGGGAGCGGGCUGGUGGUGCAGAGAGAGUGAAGGCCUACCUGGAGGACGAGUGCGUGCAGUACCUGCACAGAUACCUGGAGAUCGGGAAGGACAAGCUGCUGCGCACAGAUCCCCCAAAGGCACAUGUGACCCAUCAUCCUGGGUCUAAAGGUGAUGUCACCCUGAGGUGCUGGGCCCUGGGCUUCUACCCUGAUGAUAUCACCAUGAACUGGCAGAGGGAGAAGGAGGAACAGACUCAGGACAUGGAGCUGGUGGAGACCAGACCUUCUGGGGACGGAACCUUCCAGAAGUGGGCAUCUCUGGUGGUGCCUUCUGGAGAAGAGCAGAGAUACACAUGCCAUGUGUACCAUGAGGGGCUGCCAGAGCCCCUCACCCUGAGAUGGGAGGCUCCUCAGUCCACAGUCCCCAUCACAGCAGUCAUUGCUGGUCUGGUUCUCCUUGGAGUUGUGACCAUCAUUGGAGCUGUGGUGGCUGUUGUGAGGAAGAGGAGGAGAAACCCAGGUGGAAAACGAGGGGACUAUGCUCCAGCUUCAGGUAAUUCCCAGAGCUCGGAUGUGUCUCUCCCAGACUGUAAAGUGAUUGUUCAUGACUCUUGUUCUGUAGCAUGAAGACAGCUGCCUGGUGUGUAUGGAGUGACAGACGAUGUGUUCAGGUCUCUCCUGUGACAUCCAGAGCCCUCAGUUCACUCUCAGAAAUAGUACCUGAUGUUCCUUGUGAUCCCAUGGACUCAGUGUGAAGAACUGGGGAGCCCAGCCCACCCCUGCACACCUGACCCUGUCCCUGCACUGCCCUGUUCCCUUCCACAGCCAACCUUCCUGUUCCUGCAGACAGGAGGGGACAUCUCCAUCCUGUCUCCUCCAUGCUGCCCUGAGCUUCAGCCCUGACUUCCCCUCUGAAAAUAAGAAUCUGAAUGUGA